UACUCACGCCCGUAAACUACCGAGCGAAGUGCAAAUACUCAAAACGACCAGUCGGGUCGUUACAAAAAUAAUCUUGUGCGUAAAAAUAGUUAGAAAUAAAUAGUUAUAACUUUGAUGAUACAUGCAGCUGAAGGACCCAAACUGUUGCUUCUAAUAUUAGAGAAAAUGUAUUAGCAAAUGUUUAUUACAUAUAGUUCAUAUAUUCAACAUUUUAUAGGUUAAGUGGGUUACCACUUGUAUAUAGAGGAUAGACCAUGGUGGCAAUACUCUCCUCCAUCUGACAGUACCGGAGAAAAAUUUGUUCAAUAAGGAACAAAUUUGCCGGGGGGUUUGUGAACAAUGGCUGGCUUAAACAGGAUGGUAGAUACUAAGUGCGUAGUGGGUACCAGUGGAGGAAGGGGACUAUAGAAGAUUGGCCAUGGUACAGGGGGGUUUGGAGCAGGCUGAAUGUUCCCAAGCACUGCUUUAUCAGUUGGCUUGCUAUCCAUAAGAGACUGUUAACGAGGGACAUGCUACUAAAGAUGAGGAUUAGCCAAGAUAGCUGGUGUCUAAUAUGUGGAAAUCAACUGGAGACUGUGGAACAUCUGUUCUUUGAGUGCAAACUCUCCGAGAUGUCUUCAACUACUGUUGCAAUGGGUGCAUAGCGGCAUAAUCGAAACAAUAUAAAGGGGAUUUGGCGAAGGGUAGUAAGAGGGGUUAAAGGGAAAAUCUGUAGGGAUUUUGUCACAUCAAUGGUGGCUGCGCUAAUGUAUAGAAUCUGGAGGGCAGGAAUGGCCCUAUGAAACUACAAAGUCCCAACUCCGUGAGUGAUAUAUGAACAAGUCCAACAAUAUUGUAAGAUUAGAGUAGUAACAAUUUUGAAUAAGAAGAGUAGUAGGAAUGAGUGGGAAUGUAUAGACCAAUUGUUGUAUAGGAAGAGUUGAAAGGAGUAGAUUAGAAACAAUGAUAAAGGAAAUGGGGGAUAGGAGGGGCUUCUUUACUGUAGCUGUAGUAUAGGCAAUUAGGGGCCGUGUUUUGGCUUCGUUAUGAUUGUUUUAUUGGGGUAUUGGUGAUUAAUAAAAUUUUUUGUUUUCACCUAAAAAAUAUAUUUAACAUUUUCUUAGUUUUUUUUUUUAUCAGUAAUACGGAUAUGCACUAUUGCUCCUUAAUCGUAAUUCACGGAUGGUUAUUCAACUUUUUAGCAUCAAAGUCAUUAAAUUAUAUUUUACAACAAAGAAGUUACUUGACUUUGCCUAUAUAUAAUGGAAAGCCAAAUGUUUUUGUAAACCUAAAAGUCACUCAAGUUGACCCAAGUAUCAUAUAUAGAACAUGUCUCCUUUGUGUUCUCCUAGUGAGUUUCUGAAAUAAUUACGCAAAAUCGAGUGACUUUAUUUUUGUUUCAAUAAAUAGUUUAGUGACUUAAAUGAUUAGUACUUAAAUAAACUUGAAUAACUUUUUCAUUACAAAAAAUAUUUAAUAACCUUGGUGCAAUAAAAUGAAAAUUGAGUAACCUUUCGUGAAAUUAACCCAAUCCUUUUAUAGUCGGGACUUCCUCCUUAUAGUUACUUUUUGGCCGUCACACUCAAACUUGUGGAAGUUAGCUCCAAAAUUUGUACUAUUAGGGAUCGUUUGGUUUGAGGACAAGUUAUACCGGGACUAGUUAUGCUGUGAUUAGUUAUUCUGGUAUUAUUUAUUACUGACUAUUUGGUAUGCUGUAUCAAUUCUGAGAUUUUUAAUUUUACUACUUUAUCGUGGGAUAACUUGUACUGAGCAGGGGCGGACCUAAGUGGUGAGAAGUGGGUUCAACUGAACCCGCUUCGUCAAAAAAUAAUACUUUGUAUAUGUAUAAAUUAUGGCUAAAGCAAGGUAAAUUUUGUAUAGAAAUUAAUUUUGAACCCGCUUAUACGGCUUAUACCGCUUAUGCUAGUUAUGGACUUCUCCGACUGAACCCGCUUGCACAAAAUUCUGGGUCCGCCACUGGUCCUGAGAUUAUUAUUCUACUCUCUGGCGGGGUAUAAGUAAUCUGGUACUAUUUUUAAUCCUGGAAAAACUUAUUCCAGGAUUAGUAACCAAACAAGUGAUGAGGCGGUAUCAAAUUCUUAUUCUAAGAUUAUUUUUGCUUGUCCAUCGUACCAAAUGACCCCUUGGUGUUUCUAAUUGAAGUAAAGUUUUAUUACACACAAAAAAAGAUACUUUUAUCAAAAAAAAAAAAAAAAAAUCAAGAAAAAAGAAAAGAGAUACUAGCCCUCGGAACCCUUCGAAGAAAAUUAACACCAUUUAUGUAGGUGAAAGGGUUGUCCGUAUGCAAGUUGCUGAAUCCUUCAAUAACUGGUAUGUCUUUGGGAUAUAUAAUAGCAAAAGUGAACAAAUUUCAUGAUAUCUCGAGCCCUAUGCCCAACCCAACUGUUGCCUUUUUUUCUGUUUUGUGGUCUUCUAUAAUUUUUUUUGAAUAAAAAACACAUAAAUUAUAAUCAAAUGAUAUUGAACUGAGAAAAUCCUAAAACACACACAUGCCACUUACGAAGAAUUCUCGCUUCUCACUCGUCUCUCUCGAUCAGUCGCCAUCUCGCCCGCAGUUGCUAAGCCCCUCACCCGUUGUUGCUGCUUCCUUCUUUGCCUUUGCCGUCGCCAAUUAUCGAGCUCGAGCGGUUAGUUCUCUCUCUCGCUCUCUUACUUGAAGAUAAUAUGAUAUACUAUAAUAUACAUGAUUUUUAUAUGAUUACAUUGAAUUAGUUCAAAUCAAUGUUACUUUUUAUUCAAGUAAAUGUUUGUUAACAAAUGUCAGUUCCAAUUUAAAUAAGUGUUAGUUUAAUUAUACAAAUGAUCAUGUAGAUGUCGGUAAAGAUCGAUCCCUUAUACAUUUCACCUAUUUCAAAAUUCACCUCACUUGGAUAGUUGUCUUUACUUUCUUUUUGUGGGUUUGUAUAGUUGCUUGAUUAUUUUAAAUGUAUUUGUAUGGUUAUAUAUUGAUAUAUUUUUUUCUAUGCUAAUACAGAGUUUGUAAUUUGGUUUGUUUCUAUGAAUUAGGUUAAUGUUAAAUUGCUAAAUUAUCUUGUUUUAAAGUAUAUAGAUUUCUCCUAACAUAUUGCUUAACCAAAAAAUAGGAAUUUCGAUCAAAGCCUAUUUUUAGAAGUACUCGGGUUACUAAUAAUCAAUAAAAUCGAUAUUCUUAUAGUAAGAAAGAGAAUUAGAAUAGCAAAGUAAUCAGUAGAAAGCAAAAGUAAAUAAUUGUAUUCCAAUAAUAAUCAGGAUAUCCCUCUACAGAUGAUAUUUCUUUCCCUUAUAUAGUGACUCCUAAGUACAACGUCUUUUCCCCUUUUAUGGCUAAAUCAUUAUGAGCAUUAAUGACAUUAAUGAAACGUUAUAAUUGGUAGUCGUAACUGUUUCAUGAGAUUCUGUAACGUUUGUAACAUUCAUGCUCAUUAAUUGAAGAUCAAUGAAUCUGCCCUUUUUAUAGUCUUGGUUCAUUUCACCGGUGCCUCUUUAAGAGACUAGAGCAACCGUUCCUUCUUGUCCCUUAAAUGUUUUGCUCGUACCUAUUAAGACUUACGCCUUUUCCAAUACUCUUCUCCAGCUGUCGCUUUUCUAGUGAUCCACAUGUCUUGCCAUGUCAACCACAUAAUUAAUUCCACGUGUAAAAUUUAUUUACAGAUAGUCCCCCCACUUUCCAUUUAUUCAGCAACUGAAUAUUUGGGAAGUGGAUCUCAUUUAUGGCGGGGAUUUUUGCCGCCGUUUCUCACGUGCCAUUGUAUCUUCUUCUGAACUGAUGCGUCGUAUAUCACUUCCAUUUAAUGCAUGUGACACGUGGCAAUCAUCGAUUGGCUCUGCAACUCUACAACGGGUUUUAGGGCUUUUUUACAGUCGCAUCAGUCAUGAAGUGACAGUUUUCAUAAUGAUGUUUCUAUCAUUACCUUUUUGCAGGACGGUCGCCUCUGCAUAUAAAUACAUCUUUUGCCUUUACUUUCACGAAAAAAUUUCAGUGUUCUUUUUUCACAUCUUGUUCUUAUCCUUUAAUACGUUCUACUUCUUUAUACAACUAUGUCUUCCUCAAAUCCUGAUCCUCGAAAAGUUGUCAUUGUAGAUGAACUUCCCCUUUCUUCUGCUCCUACUAGAAGUAUGAGAGGUGGUAGGUUGCGUAGUUUAGGAUCAAUUUCUGUACGUGGUUCUUCUUCUCAACCCAGCUCUACUCCUCCAUCUUCUUCAAGAACUAGGGCUUCUUUUCCACAUAGAUCUUCUGCUAGAAAUAGAGAUUCUAGUGAACCACUUCGUGAGCCUACUAUUGACGAGAUUAUUCCCGUUGAACUUUCCUUUAUCUCGGACAGAGAAUCAAUUAGAAAUCAAGUCACUUCCAUGACUUUUCACGAUCGCGCUGAUGUUUACCCUUCCCAAAUCACCGAGGGUUUGGUUUCUGUUGUGCGUAAAGAUUGCCAUUGGAAAUUCGACUUCCCGAUUCUGGUCCCUAACGAGAAUCAAAGGAUCACUUCUUUUAAAUCUGGUUUUUCUUUUGUGUAUACAUAUCCCUUUACAUUAGGUUUUAGGCCGCUUAUUGACUCAGUCAUCAUUGAAUUUUGCCAUUUCUUUGACGUAUGUUUAGGAUAAAUUGGCCCUAUCGUAUGGAGGGCAGUGUCAUGCCUUAGAUAUUUGUCAAAUGUGGUUCAGUUACCCUUUACUUUUUAUCAUCCGGUUCAUCUUUACUCUCCCAAAUUAUUCUGUCAUAGGGUUUUUACUCUUGUGGCGAGAAGUAAGAGAGUUUUGGUUAGUCCUGAAGACGACAAAGACCGUGGCUGGUACGCCCGAUUUGUUGCCUCUCCUACAAGUGAGUUAGUAGGCGAAGAAAAUAUGCCCUUCUCUAAUAAGUGGAACUUUGCACGUGAGUUUUAGUUUCACUCUUUUAUUUCUCUUCUUUAAAAAAGAACUUGUAGCCUUGUAACUGUUUUACUUUUCUUUUUCAGCAACCAUGAGAACUGUUGAGGAAAUUUCUGAUUUCCGUGGUUGGGUAGAAAAAUUAUUAACAGUUGCUUCAAUGGAAGAAAGGUUCUGGAAAUACCUUUCAAACAGAUUUGGGUGGAAAGUUAAGACUCACGGGUUUCCCAUUCGGGGUGUGAGUGCUGCAUCAAUCACUGCUUCGAGGCUCUCUCUAUCAAAGGUUCAAGAGAUAAUCUUGAGUUCCUCAUGAAAAAGAAAAGCUGAUAGACCACAGAACUCUGAAGAUGAAGAGGAGCGAGAUGAAGGUUCAUUGGUUCGUAAGCCACGAGCUAGAAGACGGGUCAUUUCAGAUGACGAAGCUACUCCUCAUCCUCGUCCUGUUUCCAUGUUUGAGCCUGAAAGUGCCACUUUAGUGAGUUCUGAUGAGGAGACGCCUGCAGCACCCCGUGACUCUGCUAAACCACUCUUUUCUCGUGGAUUUGAUGAAGAAAACUUUGGUUUUGUUUCUGAGGAAACACCUCUUGCCUCUUUUCCUGUGUCUGUUCCAAUUGAAUCUCAGUUGCCUGUACAUACUGUUGUUUCCAUUGCUCCUUCCAUGGCUAUUUUGACUUCUUCAACGGUUCCUACUGCCACGACUUCCCAUGCUGAAAUUGGUUCCUCUAGUAGCAGUAGGGCAAUGAAGCAAGUUACCAUCGAGGUUCCUGCAGAUGGUAACCUUUUGAUGACAUCAGACCAAGCUGACGUGUGGUUGAAACCACUGAUAGGCCUAGUUGAGAAGUCCAAACUAGAAAGUCAUAGCUCUCUAACGUGGAUGAACGAUAUUGUGCAUUCAUCUUUAAAGAUUAAUCUCAUCGGUACAGAGAUGAUGAAAAGGAUUAUCCAUACGGAGCAGCUUAUGAAUGACUAUCAUACUGAUGCCGACAAUUGGAAAGAGCAGUACGAGGGUCUUCAACUUGAAAUGGAGGUUUUAGAUGAAGAUAAGUGUACCUUAGAGCAGCAAGUAAGGUUAUAGCAGCAGAACUAGCGGUUGAGAAAACUUCUUCGAAUCAGGCGGGCAAAGAUAAAAACCUUCUUGAGUCCUCAUUUGCUGAACAACUCUCUAAAGCCACUGAAGAGAUCAGAGGUCUAAAGGACCUAUUGAACCAGAAAGAAACUUACGCCGGUGAGCUUGUUCAAACGCUUACCCAAGCUCAAGAAGAUCUCCGAGUGUCUUCUAGCAGAGUUUAAUUUUUGGAAAGUUCACUUGCCCCUUACAGGCUUCUUAUAAUGCUGCCUUCACUAUGAAUGAGAAGCUUAGGAAUGAGAUUGAGCAUUGGGAAAGAGAUUAUGAAGCUCUCGAGGAUAAGGUUGCCGUUGAAGUAAGUUGGGAUUUUUUGAACACACGUCAUGACGCUUUGAUGGAAGCAAGCCGGGAAGGCUUUGACUUAGCUGCUGAGAUUGCAAAGAUCAAAGAAACCAUUGAGAAAACCCAACAAAGUCAGAGUUUUUCUUCACCCGUGACUGACAUUCCCGAGGGUGAUGAAGUUACUCCUGGUGAGGCUGCUAUUCAAUCUCCUUCCGCUCAAGUUACUCUUCCUGCUUCUGAUGAUCCUGCUCUUCGUCCUACUGGUUCAGUUUCUGCCCCUCAGUGAAAGUUUUAAGAAAGUUUGAAAUGUCGUUUUUUUAAUUGAUGGAACAUUUGGAGGUUCACCCUUGGUCCCAUUUGGGGAUAAUGUUUUGGAAAAUCAUACCCCUAGUUCGUUUUGGUUUUUUUUUUGUAUAAGACAAUCAGGUUGGAACUAAGUUCAUACUUAGUUUUAACCAAGUUAUUAUAAUAUUAUGAAAUUUUUGUCCAACUCUUAUAAUACCUUUAUUUAGAGUUUCUGUUCCACUCUUUUAGGAGUUUACCCUUGCUUUAUCUUUAAAAGUUCGGGCUUUAUUUUCCACUUAUUUGGAGUUUUUGUUUUACCCUCUAUUAUUUUAACUUUUGCAUAUAAAAUGCUUCAUUACUUCAUGGUUUUUUUUUGUGAACAAGCACGAAUUAUAAAAGAGGGCCCUUUUAUAUACGACACUUAAUGAAGAAGACGUCUCAACUUCAUAAUGGUGUAAGCAUACGAAAAAAGAGAUAGGAACAUACACGUUUCUUUGAAUAACUUUGAGGAAAGUUUUGUAUCAUUCGAACUUUCAAAUUACAUAAUGCUUUAAAUGUAUUUAAGUAUCAUCUAUAACUCUUUCGUAACUGUUUUCUUUACAAUAGAUUUGUAAAAAUAUUCAAGGGUAUAUCUUGCAACCCAUGACUAAAUAUUGCCUUUAACCUAGAUUUUGAAAUUUACAUCCACGAGUGUAUUCUUUAUAGGUUUUUGAAUCGGGCUUGUAUUUUUGAACGCUCGUGACUUUGCUCUGAACUUUCGAUUUGUUGGGUAGACUUUAAGCUUGACUUGAAUUCUGAUUUUUCCAGUCUUCUUUGCUCUUCUUUGCCAUCUUUAUAUAUAUAGUCCCCCAAGUGUUUGAGCUUUGAAGUAUGAAAUCUCGAGCACUUGAUUAUUUCUUCCAUGCGGUCCUUUUCCUGAAAAAGGAAAAACGUACGGGACUCGGAGGCAUAUAUAAUUUAGAUGAUGACUGCUUAACCCUUUAUAUUUCCAUCAGAAAGGUUGUAACCCUAGACUGGGAAUUAUGUUACUUUCACGUGUCUUUCAGGUUUAAUAUCAUCAUUUGGUGCGGGCUAGUUUUUUGCCUAUCAUCUAAAAUUGUUAGUAUAAUUUUAACUGCACAAAAUAAAAAUUGUAA